AUGGGUUAUACGAAAAGAAUGAUUUUAGAAUCAGAUUUUGUAACUUCAGUUAAACUGGUUCGAUUAUUUAAUAUCCCUAGACUCUUUCCAUCCUUACUUGUCACCACCACUACGACUCCAAUGUCAUUCAGCCUACAGAUAGUCACACCUUCUGGUCACCCUGUAGGCACUAACAAGAUCAUUGGCGUAACCCUCCUUGGGAAAGCUGGCUCACUUCAGUGGUGGACCGGUAGUUAUAUGGACUUGCAUGAAGUACAUCGAUCAGCAAAAAUGGUCCUUAUUGAUUUUGAUGAUGCGUGUCGAUCUCCUUCAGCCACUGCAUACACAGCAAUGGCUAUGGAAAGUCAUGCACCCGAGAUACCUCUGGUGCUCACGAUAAGAGUGUGA